AUGGAAAAGUGUAUAUACACAACGAAUGUAACACUGCCAACAACUACAAUAACGAAUAGUGUAAAUAGCAGUUCAGCUACAAAUAACGCCACAAUUACUGUGCCUUCUUCUGCUGCGUCCACUACGAUGAAUACAAUAGUCACGUACAAAAAUGAUAAACAGUAUCCAGAAAAUAGUAUUCGUUUAAUUCAACCGAAUACCAGUCAAAAACAAUUUGAUUCCUCUGUCUCAGAAUCUUAUGAUUCAUCAUCGUACACGUGUGAUUCUUCCUCAUAUACUAAUUCAUCAACCAUAUCAUCAACAAAUUCCUCAAUAAAUAGUAGUAGUAGUAGUAGUACAUCCACGAGUAGAACAACAAAUUCAAGUAUAUCAGAAACACUAGUGAUCAUACCAAAUUAUCCAGUGUCUGGAAUUCGUGAUGAACAAAAACACCCAGCGUCAAGUACAGAUGUAUUUCUCUUAUCUCCAACACCUUUCACGCGUAGUCCAAAUAUUAAUAAUAAUAAUAAUAAUCAACGUUCAAUGAAUCAAUAUUUGCAUUCCUCCUGCUCCUCCUCCUCAGAAUCUCAAACUCAUUCUACUCCCACUACUACUAAUACUACUGAUUAUACGCAUAAUAGUAGUAGUAUAAGUAAUAGUAAGACAAAUAUCAAUGUUAAUCGUGAAAAUGCCAAUACAAUACAUCAAGGACAAAAAAAUGGACAUUAUAUCUCAAUUAUAACAUCAUCAAUACACGAAGAUAAUACUUUCAAGAAGGAUUCAACAAUUCCUGUUUCACCACCACUACCAACAACAACAACAACAGCAACAACAAUCAUACGAAGUAGACUGUCGAACGCUAUUGAUUUCUCCUCGGGAGAUUCAACCUAUGCGAAAAGAAAUAAUAGUAAUAACAAUAACAAUACCAGUAUCAAUAACUAUUAUAGGAAUAAUGCAAAAAAUGUUGACUGUGUCCAUAAUGAGAGUGAUAAUGACGAUGUCGACAACGAAGAUGACGUCGAUGUCGACGAUGACGACGACGUUACAAUCAAUACUAACGAUAAGAUUAAUAUUAAAAGUAAUAAAAUCAAUUAUAUCUAUCAUGAUGAACCAAACAAUACUAAUAUUAUACAUAAAUAUCAUAAUACAUUGAAUAAUUCCACGGUGAUUGUAACUGCCUCACCCUAUAAUAAGAAUACCAGUAAUAAUAAUAAUAGCAGUAACCCCAGGAACAAAGUGGACGAUGGUAAUACUAGCGAUAGUCUGUCAAAGGCGGUUAACAACAGUAGUAUUAGUAAUACUAGCAGUAGUUUUAGUAAUCCUACUUCUUUUGGUAGUACUCAAAGUGAUAAUUACCGUACAGAGAAACCAAAACAGCCGGUUAAUUAUUAUCGUACUAACUCUACGAAUAGUCAUCAUACUAAUCUUUAUAAUUCAAGAGGUUAUAGUAACUUCCAGUUAACAAUCUAUAGUAAUCAAAAUGAGAACAUCAAUAGCAAUGAUAACAAGCAGAGAGAGUGUGUCCAAGACAGUGAUGUCUCCUUCUGUGAUAUUAUUCCAAUGUCUACAUCAAGUAAAUCAUUGAAACGAUUCAUUUUGUCAAGAAGUCCAGCUUGUAGUCCAUCGAUUGGGACAACAUCGAUCAGUGCACCACCAUCCCCUUUAGUCACUCAUAAUAAUAAUAAUAACAGCAUAAAUGAUAAAACUAUAUCAUUGGUUGAUUCUGUACUGUUAUCACCAAGUACAAAUCAUUUGAGUAGGAUUAGUUUAGCGAAUGAUAAAAGCAAAACGUCACCAACAGCACCACCAACAACAACAACAUCAACACCGACAACGACAACGGCAAGUCAACAUCACAAUGUUGUCACAUCAUUUUCAUUACCUUCAAAGUCUUUGUUGAAUGAGGAUGUUGGCAAUGAUGAUGAUGGCGAGGAAGAGGAUGCUGAUGGUGGUGGAAGUCAAUGGUCAUUAAAACCAUUUGCACCUUAUAGUCGAUUCAAUACAAGUUUGAAUCAACGAAGUGAAUUACAAUUACGACAUCCAGCUACACCUCUUUUAGCUUAUCAACAACACCAGCAACAACAAUACCAACGAAUUAUUACACCAAAUAGUAAUAACAUUAUCAGAGAUAUUUCAACUGCAAAAUCACAGAAUUUUUCAUCAGAUGAAGAAAAUAGAAAUACAAGUUACUGGAACUCAAAUCUAUAUAAAAGUGAUCGAGCUCCAUUAGUACUUCCAAAGCCUGGAUUUUGGACACCAGAUGUUAGAAGUUCCCGUAAAGCCUUUAAUAUACAUGAAGGUGAUUCAAGGACUAAAGUUUGUCGAUGGUUUGAAAAAUAUGAAGCUUCACGACUACUUAUUGAUUUUGGAUUACCAAUAACUGGAUUCAGUCCAAAUUUAUCCUCGCUAGCAUUUUCACAAGUACCUGAAUGGUUUCAUGGAAUACUUUCUCGAGAACAGGCGGAACGCUUAUUAACUCAAACCGAUAGAAGAGGCAGUUUCCUUCUACACUUGAAUGAAUCAUUUCCAGGCUAUGUGAUAAGUGUAUAUACCUCCUCCGCCUAUUGUGAUCAUUUCCUCGUAUCGGUGAUUGCAACACAACAACAGACAAAUAACAGUAAUAAUAAUAAUACUAAUCAGACGUCCAAUCGUGCUUUCACUAAAAGUACAUAUCAACUGUUUGGUAUUGCUAAUCCAGAACAAUUCACCGAUUUAAGAGAUUUAGUAAAGUAUUAUUCUGUACAUAGUUUAAGUCAAAGCAAUAGUCAACUAUUAUUGGUUUAUCCUGUUGGACAAGAGAAUCCAGCACUUCCUGAUUAUUUGGAUAUCUUCUAUUCUCGACCGGAUUCGAAUAGUUCAACUCGAUUUUAG